GCCAAAGGAAACAAGUAGGUCAAAGGCCCCCUUGUGAUCAUAGACUCCAGAAGUCAGAGACACUACUCAAUCUACAGUGUUCUGAUUUUUCACGGUGUCAGGAUGGUGCCAACAGUGAGCCUGGAGCCCGCGGACCGCAGCUGCUGGGACGAGCCGCUGAGCAUCUCCGUGCGCGGCCUGGCCCCCGAGCAGCCCGUCACGCUGCGCGCGGCCCUGCGCGACGAGAAGGGCGCGCUCUUCAGCGCCCACGCGCGCUACCGCGCCGAUGCCCACGGAGAGCUGGACCUGGCGCGCGCGCCCGCGCUGGGCGGCAGCUUCGCGGGGCUCGAGCCCAUGGGGCUGCUCUGGGCCAUGGAGCCCGACAGGCCUUUCUGGCGUCUGGUGAAGCGCGACGUGCAGACGCCCUUCGUGGUGGAGCUGGAGGUGCUGGAGGGACACGAGCCCGAGGGCGGGCGGCAGCUGGCGAAGGCGGUGCACGAGCGUCACUUCAUGGCCCCUGGGGUGAGGCGCGUGCCCGUGCGCGAGGGCCGGGUGCGCGCCACGCUCUUCCUGCCUCCAGGAACUGGACCCUUUCCUGGGAUCAUAGACCUUUUCGGAACUGGAGGUGGCCUGCUGGAGUACCGGGCGAGUCUGCUGGCUGGGAAGGGCUUUGCCGUGAUGGCUCUGGCUUAUUAUAACUACGACGACCUCCCCAAGAGCAUGGACAUCCUUCACCUGGAGUACUUUGAGGAAGCCGUGAACUACCUGCUCCGUCACCCUCAGGUCAAGGGUCUGGGAAUUGGCCUGCUGGGGAUUUCCAAAGGGGCUCAACUCUGCCUCUCCAUAGCCUCUUUCCUGAAGGGCAUCACGGCUGCUGUCAUAAUCAAUGGCUCCAUAGCCAAUGUUGCUGGAACAUUAAACUACAAGGAUGAGACCCUGCCCGCUGUGGGCAUAAACCUAAAACAAAUCCGGGUGACGAAAGAUGGUUUUAUAGAUAUUAUAGAUAUCCUCAAAGUCCCUCUGGAAGGACCGGACAGGAAGAGCAUCAUCCCCAUGGAAAGGUCUGACGCGACCUUCCUGUUCCUCGUGGGUCAGGAUGACCACAAUUGGAGGAGCGAGUUCUAUGCCCAAGAGGCCUCCAAACACUUACAGGCCCAUGGGAAGGAGAAGCCCCAGGUCAUCUGCUACCCCAAAACAGGGCACAAUAUUGAGCCCCCUUACUUCCCACUGUGCAAGGCUUUCCGACAACCCUAUUAUAGUUUGCCUGUCCUCUUUGGAGGGGAGUCCAGGCCUCAUGCCAUGGCACAGGUGGAUGCAUGGCAGCAACUCCAGACUUUUUUCCACAAACAUUUGGGUGGCGGAGGGAGGCCAAUCCCAGGAAAACUGUGAUUGUCUUUGAGUAGUGACACGAGAACAGCUGCCACUGUUAGGGUGUGUAUGCAUUU